CUCCACACAAUCUACAGCAAGCCAUAAUUCAUAUUUACACAAAUUUAUGCAACAAAACUACAAAGCAAAAUCAAAAUCCUUACUAAUAUGUAUAUAUUUACAUAAGCCUUUGUGUAAUCAUUCGCAAAAACAUUUUCACAACAGCUAACGAAAUACCAAAUGCAAUGCUAAAAAUACUAGCUAACUACUUGCCCCAAUUUUCACACGAACCAAAUUGAGCAGAAAGCUAUAAAAAUCCAAAUUUAUCAUUUACAGAAAAGUAAAUAUUUAGAAAACCAAUAAAAUUCGUUGACAUUGAACGUGAACUCGCAUUUGCUUGUUUGCCUGAUUUACCUACAUACAUAUUUAUUCACACUAAAAAUUUGUUGUUUUUUGUUCGCAAUAAUUUUUUCGCCCAUUUCUUCUACUUUAAACAAUAAAAUCAUUUGUGAAAUUCUUCCAAAAUAAAUUAAAAUUACGAGUGUAAACACACGCUAGCCCAGGCUAGCUAGCCUAGCUAACACAAGCGCACGAAAUGAAAACAAAACGCGGCAGCGUGUAAACAACACAAAUAAAUGAGCGGCCCCCCAAAUGAGUAAGAAACACGCCGAGCACAGAGCGCGAGGUGCGCGACUGGUCCAAGGCCAGAGGAUGUAGUCAAUGUACUCAUGCUCAUACUCAUAUUCAUAUUCAUAGGUACGAAAUGCAAAAGUCUAGCGAACAGACACGGUAACAAUAAUAACAACAACAGCAAUAAUAAAUACAACAAUAUUAAUAACAUAUGCGCAUAUGUUGUUGUAAUUGUAACGGUAUAUGUGUAUACGCGAGGGAAAAUAGCGCGCCAUGCAUUUCAACAAACUCAGAAAUGUAAAUAAAUUUAUUUUCUUAGCUUGUUGUUGUUGUUAUGAAAUUACAACAACCCGCUCAUCUAUACUCAUAUGUAUAGAAAGAAUGCUUUAAUGAGCAAUAAAACUGCGAACAAAUAGUGCACAUUUCAAAAGGCAACACUGCCGCGGCGCUGUUUGGGGACUAACGGUUCUGUUCGUAAAUUAAGCAAACAAAUAAACAGAAAAUUUCUGUUUUCACUGACAGGUGAAAUUGUAGGCACAAAAUAUGUGCGCGAAUGGCUAAUGUCGAGCGCUGCUGACGUUGUACCGGCGGACAAUCACCAAGCACACAGCGACUUAAUAAUUCAAGCAAUAAGCAAUUAUAACAGCAUGCAAACUAUUUGUAAAUAAAACUGAAUGAACGCCCACUACAUAAGCAACGGUGAUUAUGACAUACAAAGCCACACACACACACAGGCCCACACUCAAAAACACAGAGAACGUAGCAAUGCUGACUAAGUUGCGCCGCCACUCUUCUUCCUUUCCCACCUCAUUCUAGCGAACGGCGCAUUUCACCGCUGUCAUUUGUCCGAGUUGAUUUGGUCAAUUACCGAGCGCUGAGUAGCGAGCAGCGCGCUUGAUUGAAUGGCCAGCAAUGCAGAUUUUCAGUUUUUCAUUUUCAUUUCGGUUCUCAUUGAAAACUGUUCGCUAGUGUGACGGGCGCGCAUAAAUAUUAAUAAAAAAAAUAAAGAGUUUCAAGUGCAUAGAAUUCCGGUGGGACUACAGUUGUUCGUUGUUCGUUAUCGUUAAUCAGCCGCAGGCACAGUACAGUACAGGCGGCGCUGCCAGCGAACGCGGUUACGUAUACGCCGUGGUGCACCAUGCAAUAGUGUGUGGGAAAAUAUAGUCGAGGUAAUUAAAUAAACUGAAGAAAGAACAGCUCAGAUAUACACAAACAACGACAAAACCCCCGAAGUACUUCGAUGAGUAACACAGCAAUAAAAAAUUAACCAAAAUUUGAAAUCCCAUCAUAAAUAAGUAACUACAACAACCAAAAGUAUACAACAGCAACAAACAUACAACGUAGUCAAAGAAUUCUCAACAAGUCAAUAAGUAAACUAAAGAAAGCAAGCUUAGUACAUACUGCAACAACUAUAUUUUAACCAACAACACUAAGAAUGCGCUUCAAACUUUAAAACCCCCCAGACGACAACCACAAACGUAAACAUACACACAUACAUUGAACCGCAGAUAAAAGUCAUUUCGGCAUACGAAAUUACAAAAAUUUAUAAGAAAUUACCAAAAACAAAAGCAACUAACAGCAGCAGCAGCAACAACAGCAAUUAAAUAGUUUGAAAAACGUGCGGCCGCAAAACGCGAGCGAUUAAAUUUGCAUUAACCGCGUACAACAACAACAACAAGCAUACAUAACAAAUUUAAAAUAUACAAAUAGCAACAACUUACAGACAAAAGCAACAGCAAAGGCAAAGGCAAAGGACCAGCUAAAUAAUUAAAAUAAACCUGCGACCCAUAGCAACAACAAGAACAACAACAACAAGCAGCAGUGGCAACAGCAACACGUUCGUUAUAAUUAAAUUAUCACGACGCGACAGUAUUCAACACAACAAAGGCAACAACAAAUCAAUAUAUUAACAUUGCUAUAAAAACCCCGGCAACAACAAUAACAAGCUGUGCAAUUUUAAAACGUUGACAGCGCCAUCUACCUACAGACAACCAAUUAAAAAAGCAAAAAAAAACAUAAUAAAAUAAAGUGCGUCUGCACCAGCAACAAUUGCGUUUAAGCCAGACAUACAUACAAACAAACAUAAAAUAAAUCAAAAGCAGUCGCGCCAAUAAUAACAACAACAAUAAGCAGUACAACAACAGCAACAAAAUGCAUAUAGAAAUUCAGGUGGCAUUAAAUUUCGUGAUUUCGUAUCUUUAUAAUAAACUGCCAAGGCGACGCGUGAACAUUUUUGGUGAAGAGUUGGAGAAGGCGUUGAAGGAUAAGUUCCAAGGUCACUGGUAUCCGGAGAAACCCUUCAAGGGUUCGGCAUUCCGUUGCUUAAAGACUGGCGAUCCGAUCGAUUCGGUUUUGGAGCGUGCUGCGCGCGAGAGCGGUGUACCUAUUGCUGAUAUUUUAGAAAAUUUGCCAGCUGAGCUCUCAGUUUGGGUGGAUCCUGGUGAGGUCUCAUACCGCGUUGGCGAAAAGGGUGCUGUGAAGAUUCUCUACUCGGAAAAUAGCGACAAUCAUGAAGACAACACAUCGGCCGAUCGUGAGGUCAAUAAGACCUUCAAUCCCGAAGCGCAAUGCUUUCGUCCCAUCGAUGCCGUCAACACGAGCAUGAACAACUUGAGUUUGAGCCCAAAGACUUCACCGCAUGCUGGCUCAUCGCCACAUUCGGCCUCCUCCAAUUCGCCCACCUACAAAGGUAGUCCCAAUCCGGCCGCCGCUGCCAAUGGUUCGUUCAUGCAGCGCACGCAGGCGCCACUAACAUUCACAACAGCCACCUUUGCUCAGACGAAAUUCGGUAGUACCAAAUUGAAAACCAGUUCCAAGCGUACCAAUAGCAGCAGUUCGUACCGCAUGUCGCCCACUGAGUUCUCCAACUACAUCAAACAACGUGCCAUGCAACAACAGCAACAGCAACUCCAUCACGGCGGUCAUGGUGGCCCGAAUUUGGCGCAACCACCGAAUCACUUCGGGCCCAUCGGACCCGUCUCGCCAGCACGUUCACUCUCACCGAAUCCCCUCUCGCUGGGCUUGGGCCAGAAUGGCGCCACCGUCGAUCCGUUCUACUUCCCCAACAUGGCCUCCAUGGGCAUGUAUCCACAAUUCAAUGGACAUCGAAAUGUCUUCGACACGCAUUUCCACGCUGCCGAGAAUAGCGCACUCUACGGUGGCGGCGCUGCCAAUCCGGCCAACGGGACACAUGGCAAAUUCAAUAACUACCUAGAUCCACAUGGCUUCUAUGGAUUGGGUGGCAAUCAGCAUUUGCAGCAAGCUGCUGCGGUGGCUGCUGCUCAUCAGCAACAACAAUCGCAAAUGGCACCACCACCCGGUGUGGUGGGCGCACCGCUAUCAGCACAGCAGCAACUGCUCAAUGGCAACAGCAAGCUGGUGGUUGAGAAGAACGGCGCUGACAACAACAGCAACGGCAAUAACAACAGCAAUAACGGUAUAACCGUCACCGUGUCGUCGAAUGGCAGCAGCGAAACAACAAACACAGCAGUCAAUAGCAGCACUGCCAAUGCAACAACACCAACAGCCGUUAGUCCGUCACCAUUGGCUGCCGCUGCAGCUGCUGCCGUUGCAGCUAGCGCCGCUGCCGCCGCCGCGGCCAAUAGCAGCAAUCAGCAGCAACAACAACAACAACAAGACUCAAACAACUCGAAACUGAUGGAUGGUCUCAACUCGUUCUAUUCCAAUGCCGCCGGCCCCUACCAACAACUGCUGGUGGCCAACUAAGGUGUUUGUAAUAUACAUCUGUGUAUAUAAUAUAUAUUCUAUGGAUUUUUUCGUAUUUUUUUACCGUUUGUUAGUGAGCAGAAAUGUGUGCGGCAUGCACAGCAGCUGCGUGUAGGCAAGAAUAGAAUAUUUUUUUAAAAGCUUAUUUUUUUAGUAACACAAAAACAAAAACAAAAACAAGAAAAUUAUUAUAAAUUAAUAUAUAUAUGUAGUAUAUGUAUGUAUUACAAAAACAAACAUAGCUAAUGCGAAAAAAAGCAACAAAACAAAUAAGGAGAGAGUUAGCUGUUAGCAAGAAGACAGUGCAAAGCGUAAACUUUUUUAAAAGAAAUAUUAUAGUAAAGUUUAUAUAAAUAGUGAAAUUCUGCUAGUGUAACUGUAAUUAUAUUACAACAAAAUUAAUGCAAAUUACAAAAACAAAAAACACAUACAUACAAACAAACAAAGAAGCAAAAAUACAUAUAAAGCAAUGUUAGCAAGCGAGCGUUGCAAGAAAAUAUUGCAAGAUAACUACAACAACAAAAACAAAAAUUUGCAAAAAUUAUAAAAUGCAAAUACAAACAUAUAGAAACUGCAGCGUGUAGCUAUGAAGGCAUGAAGUUUUGUAAUUAUGUAUGAAGAGCAGGAGGGUGACUGAAGUGCUGCAUUGUUUUUAUAAAUAAUUUAGAUAUUUAUAAAUACAAAAAAAUCCAAACAAACAACAACAAAGAAAUCUAAUUUAAAACCCAACACUAUCAGCAUAUAGUAUACAAAAUUUCUCAAGUCGUUUUUUAUUAACUAGUUGUAAACGGUGCGGAAGCGGAAACGGAAGCCGAGUAGCAGGCGCCCAUGCUAGCAGCUGGUAAAUACAUACAUAUAAUAAAUGAUAACGGAUAUAUAGUUAAAAAAGUCUUAUUAUUGAUAAGUUUUAAAAUUAGUCAAAAAAAAACCAAAUGAAAGUGAAAAUCGUUUUGCUGUUUUUUAUACCCACACAUUUUUCUAAUAUUCAAAUGUUGUAUAUGUAUUACAUAAGUGAGAAUUUGAAAAAAAAAAUAUUAAAUUAAAUAAAAAAACUAUGAGAAUGUUAAAUGUUUUAUAAUGCUAUAUAUUUAAUGUAUAACUCUACUUAUUCUUAUUAUAAUUAUAUUAUAUUAUUAUUACGAUUAUUAACAAUAUUAUUGCUAUUAUUGUAACAGAAAAACAAAAAAAAAAUCAAGCAAAAUGCAAGCAAAUCUAGUGAAAACAACUGUUAUUUAAGCUAAACCCGUCAACUAUUGUAGAACUUUAGUGAAAACUUAACAAAAACUUAAGUGCUUAAGUAAAAACUUAGGUGCUUAAGCAAAAAACUUAAGUGCUUUAGGAAAAACUGAAGUGCUUAAGUAAAAAACUUAAGUGCUUAAGCAAAAACUUAAGUGCUUAAGUAAAAAACUUAGGUGCUUAAGUAAAAAACUUAAGUGCUUAAGCAAAAACUUAAGUGAAAAUGCAUUGUAAAAGCACGCGCAGCAGUCAUACGCAAGCUGCUGGUUGCAAACAAGCUAGUAAAGUAACAGUAUACGGAAGGAACAAGCAUAAAAGUGAAAAAUAUGGAUGGCGGAGUGACUGUAAGAGAAAAUAUCAUGAAAAAAAUAGUGUCCUGGAACAACAAAUAUUAAACAAUUAAUACUAAAUCAACAACAAACCGCUUGUAGCGCGCCAGCAGCGUUUUUCUCAAGCAAAUGUACCUUCAAAACUCCGAACUUGCAAACUUCGGCGUUGCGCAUGCGCGUGUGCAACCACACUGUUAUCUAAUCAAUGUGCAAUACACACAUACAUACAUAUAAAAAUUACAUAAUGUAUCUCCAAAAACUACCUAUAUUAUUUGUCAAAAUGUUUGUAGAUAAUUCUUAUUUUUUUUUGUAAAUUUUAAUUUUUAUUAAUUAGUGCAAUUGUUUAUUAGUGAAAUGUCAAUGUUUUGUAUAGAUUAUAUUAUAAAUAAUGUUAAAAAAAUACAUUUCGUAUACAUAUACAUAUUAUAUAUAAAUAUAUAUACUUUUUCAUAUUUUUCUAAUUCAAUUAAAUUUGUUACUAUUAUUUUUAUUAUUAUUAUAAAAAAAAUAUUUUAAAUAUUAUUAUUACUAAAUGUUAUUAUUAUAACACAUAACCUACACAAACACACACAUAAAAAAUAUACAUAAUUAUGCUGAAGAAAAAAAAAACAAAACAAAAAACAAAUAGCAAAUAGGCGCUAAAAGCAAAAACAAAAAACAAAAUUAUUACAAAAUCAAGCAAAAACAAAAACAAGAAAAAUUUCAAAAAAAAAGCAAUGAGCUGUUUAUUUUUUGUACAGCGCUUCGUUUUUUUUCGCUCGUACAUUGCAACACACAUACAUACAUACAAUAAUCGUUUUUAUUUUUAACAUUAAUGAUUUUUUUAUACUUUUUAUACAAAACAAAAACCAAUGUUUGUAGUGAUUUAUAAAUUCUGAAACUUUUUUAUUGAGAAUAUAAUAAAAACUUUUCCACGUUACAUAAAAAUUAAUGAAAAAAACA